AUUAUUCAUUCGUUCAUUCACAAAGUAACUGAGCUUUACAGAUUUGUUUGUAUUUAUUCUUUUUGUCUUAUUUUCUUAUUAAAAUACCAUUUAUUUGUAGUUGGAAAAUGUCUUCUCCAACGGAAGAAAGCGUGCGGCGUAAUAGCGAAAGCGAGGCUGGUGAUGCGGAGACGCCUGAACACGACCCUCAUUAUGAGCCUAUCGUGUCGUUACCGCUCGUCGACAUUCAGACUAAUGAGGAAGAAGAGGAGGAACUGGUUAAAAUUCGUGCCCGGCUCUACAGAUACGACACUGCUGAUCAUGAGUGGAAGGAACGUGGGACAGGAGAUAUCAAAUUAUUACGCCACAAAGAAAAUAACACUGUGAGAGUAGUCAUGAGACGUGACAAGACCUUGAAGGUGUGUGCCAACCACUUCAUCACGCCAGACAUUAGGAUGAACGUCCACUGUGGCUCGGACAAAGCAUUCAAUUGGUCUGUCUUUGCGGAUUAUGCUGAUGAGAGAUGCAAGCAAGAGUUGCUUGCCAUCAAAUUUGGAAACCCACAGAAUGCAGAACUAUGGAAAACGAAAUUUGCUGAAGCCCAAGAAAUAGUUCGAACAAAAUGUAGUCUUUACAACGACCAGUCUUCAGAUGAGGAGAGCAGCAUCACCCGUAGUGAAGACACUGACACUCCGGAGCCCAAGAGCUCGGACAAAGCAGACAAUCCCUCGGAAAAAGAUGCAGAGGGUGUUGUACUAAAACUAAAAGAACUCAAAGUGGAAAGUGAAAAGUCAGAUUAACAAUGAAAUAUAAUAAAUACAUAAAUAAGAGGCCAAGGUGUGACAUGUUGUUGCAGCUCAUUUAAAUAUAUUUUUAAAUUUAGAAUUUAUUUUCAAUAGUAACUAUCAAGAUACACUAAUAAUAACUGUCUAUAAAUGCUCUUAUCAUUUAACAGAAACCCAAUGGUUUUUAGUUUUGUGUUAUAGGUCAUGCAUUUUUAGUCUUAUGUUAAAAUAAUGAUAAUAUUCAUCACAAUGCUUUUUUUAUAUUAUAUUUCCAAUUUGAAGACUUAAAUUUUCAAGCUUUUUAAGUAAUAAAGAAUGUGAAUUCUGUUCACUACAUUUUGACACCAACAUGGAAAUAGUGAGCUAUUUGUAUAUUCCAAGAGCUUUCGAAUAAUAAUAAUUUUAAGUAUACAUUAGUGAUCAUAGUAAAAUUUUAAUGUUGAUGUGUAAUUAAAUGUUUUUGGUAAAUUCUUUGCCAAAUAGGGGUAUUGUUAUAUUUUUAAUUUGCAGAAACUAUAUUAUUCAUCAUCAUUGCAAUAUUCUUUUGAACAUUUUCUAGAGUAAAAUGUCUAUUUCUUUAGACAUAUAAGUACCUACUUUAAUUGUAUGCAUGCAUUUAUAUUUUUUUAUCUCUGUAAUGAUAGGACUUCUGUCAAUUAUCUUGGGUUUUAAAACUGUGAGUUCUUUAGUUAUAUUCUUACAUAGUAAUUGACUUUUACACAAAUUACUGUUCUUCUUCUCAUCUAUUUCAACAUUCCUGCUUUUUUAAAGAAAAAAAUUGUGAUUUG